AAUCUCCCUAUAAAAGGAGGAGCAAGCAAAUGGGGAGCUCGAAAAGGAGCAAAUUUGAAGUUGAGAAUCGUUCUCGGUUCUUCAGUGAUUCUUGCCCUUUUCCACAUUGGGAUCACUCUCCUCUGUAUUUGGUUUACUUGUCUGCUUGCCCAUUUGGUGUUUGAUGUUUUGCCCAAGUGAACAAACGCUUUCAGAUUGUGCAUCCGUGGCUGUCAAGGAUAGUUCUCUUUGAAGGUUUAUAAAAAAUGGCAUCCCAACGCCGGCCUUCAAAGAAUUCUAAAUCUUCAAUUAGAUAUUGGUGGAUUCCUCUGGAUGCCCAGUCCUUUAAACCAGAUACUGCCUUCGCUAAUGAGGAUGUUCAUCUACAGUCCAAGUCUCAUGCAAAAGGCUGUAAACAACCGGAAACCAAAUACUCUAGCACUAAGGUAAGUACUUUGCAGUUUGUAUCGGCAAUUGCAAGUGUGUGGGACUGCAUUGGUCAACCAGCGGUCUUUCAGACCAAAUCAAGCUUGAAAUAUAGUGAAAUUUUCCCAAAAGGGAAUAUUGUCUGCUGUUCGGACAGUUCAACUCACAGAGUGACUUCUGUUGAUGGGGGAAGAAAUCAAAAUGAUCUUUCUUCUAAAAGCUGUUUCUCAUCCUCUGCAAAAUCAAACUUUGAGGAUUUGAAAGCAAUUAAGAGGAUGUUAUGUUUUGCUUCAUGCAAUAGAAACCUCAAUAAUCUAACCGUCUUGAGUGGUUCUCUUUCAAGUGUAGAUUCCUCUAGACUUAAUAAGGUGACGAGUACGGGGAUCUCUGAUGAUCCCACUCAUGAAUAUGGAAGCAUAAUUACAAAACCACGUCUUGGUCUAAAUGAUCGGGGUAAGCUCACAAGAAAUGUAUGUCAUGAAACAGAAGAAAGCCACAUCACUGAAAAGAAGAUUUCUUUAGCUGCUUCUACUCUCAGUACUGAGAAUAAUUCAGCAAAGGAAGCUGAAGAAUCCUCUAAUGGCCAAAAUGUGAACUCGGUGGAUAAUGUGUUCCACCCCACAAAUUCUCUUUAUACUACAUAUUUACUUCAAUCUCCACCUGUUGCAAACACAAACGAGACAAUAGUCAUUUCAACAAGUCCAUGUUUUAGUAUCCCCUCCAGCUCCAGUUGUGUUGCUGUUGAAUCUUUAGGAGAACAUUCCACCUGCAAGGAUCAAGCUAGUAAUGAAAAACAUAAAAGCUUAGUUGGUGAAGUUGUCCUUGAUGAAGACUGUUCUACAAGAAAUGGUUUAUCUAUACAAUAUAAGCUCCAACAUGUCUUUGCCAAGAAUAAGCAUGCCCUGGCAGGAGCAUUGGCUGGAACCUUAGUUAGUCUUUGCUUAUUUCCUAUGGAUACAGUUAAGACUGUUAUUCAAGCUCAGGGCACAGGUCAGAAGUCAUCAUGUGAUAUUCUCAGAACAAUCAUAUCUGAGAGAGGUGUGUUGGGACUGUAUCGUGGUAUUGCUAGCAACAUUGCUUCUGCAGCACCAAUUUCUGCAAUUUAUACCUACACAUACGAAUCGGUCAAGGGUGUUUUAGUACCUAGUCUACCCAAGGAGUAUCACUCUGUUGCACAUUGUAUAGCAGGUGGUUGUUCCAGUAUCGCAACUUCCUUUAUUUUUACACCCAGUGAGCGGAUUAAACAACAGAUGCAAGUGGGAUCUCAGUAUAAAAAUUGUUGGAAUGCUUUGAUUGGAUGCCUUGAAGGCGGUGUACCUUCAUUAUAUGCUGGCUUGGGCGCUGUCCUUUGCAGAAAUAUCCCACACUCUGUUAUUAAGUUCUACACCUAUGAAAGUCUGAAGCAGUUAUUUUUGACUUCAUCAAAACCCAAUGCUAGUCUCAGCACCUUGCAAACGUUAGUAUGUGGGGGCCUUGCUGGAUCUACUGCUGCUCUAUUUACGACUCCUUUUGAUGUGGUGAAGACAAGAUUACAGACACAGGUUCCAGGCUCUCUUGUAAAAUAUGAUGGGGUUCUUCAUGCUCUUCAAGAAAUUGCCAGGGAAGAAGGUUUGCAAGGACUUUACAGAGGCUUAACUCCGAGAUUGGCCAUAUACAUUUCUCAAGGUGCUAUCUUCUUUGCAUCGUAUGAGUUUCUUAAAGCUAUUUUUUCUCUAGAAACUCCACAAGCACCUUCUCAAGUCAUUGUGAACAAAGAGAGUGCUAAUUCUGCACCAUCAAGAUUGCAGCUGACUUCCUAACAGAAGCUUAGCUAUUGUACUACUAUAUUCUUCAAGGAUACAGUGAAAUGUUUGAGGCAUUAAAGACCUGAAUGUUCUUCAGCCAUCAAGUGACAUCAUUUGGUUCGAGACGUGAGGUUCUCCAUUUUCUAUGAUCCGUACUCAAACCAAAUUCUUUCGUGCAGUUGCUCUUCUUUCCUAUUGUUUUCGAAUCAUGUUAUGAAGUAAACGAGUAGGAAAUGUUAUAGGAUCAACUGCAUCACACACACAGCGGCAUUUCAAAGACAAUCCUGAAGAUGCUCACAUUUCCAUUGUGUUCCUCAAGAUGGUUAUUGAAAUAUCAGUGCGUGGAGAUUUCGACAUUUUUCAUCCACAAAGUUUGUUAGUGUUUCCAAUGAUUUCUUUUUGAAGCUAUCUUGAUAAUGCUCAUCGUAAAAGAGCAGAUUUGUAUUAUCGUACAAUAAUAGUUUUCACUCAUCCUCUACGUAUCCUGUAAGCUUGUAGAUGUAUCUUUUAUUUCAAGAUUAAGUGCUCAUAAGUUGAAAUAUACAUACCUGCAUCAUGCCUUCCAA